AUGCUUCCCCAGAACGACCGUCGCAAGACGUCCCGUCUAUAUAACUCCCAGCUACCGUCUCUCUUUGACGGCCCUGCCGAACCCCCACCACAGCAAGACCUCGACCCGGCUCACCUCUCGGCAUCCCAGCCUGACCUGUUUAGUCCCAUCUUUGAAGAAUCUCCAAGCAACAACACCAACAAUACCAACAACAACCAGAUGGACUUCUCCUACCCACGCAUGCAAAACCCGCCCAUCUUGGACGACCACCCGCUAGAUUACGAUCGGGACCGUCUUCCUUAUGAACCGUUUGCCGUAAGCCCAGCUAUGGGUAACGACUUCUCCCUGCUUAACCCCAUGGGAUACGCCCACAUGGACCCAAACACCAACCCUCAGCUGGGCGGCUCCUCGUCCAACCUGGCUCUGACCCUGGGGCCUCCCCUGGUCCCUCCUUCCGAGAAUCUGGUCAGACUACCUCCUCAUCACCAACAGCACCACCUCCACCACAAUGCACAGCAGCCGCAUGGGCUCAAUGGAUCCGUGGGCCGCGGCAUCAACGGCAUGACGUCGUUCAACAACCAGCAGUUCCUCUCGGGCAACUACACGGGGCUCAAGAAGUGGGACGAUGAGGACUCGCAGACGUCGCUCCAGAACAGCUACAACGACAACGCCCCGGCUAAUAACAAGCCGCAGCCGCCUGUGCGGGCCAAAUCGGCUCACAACUUGAUCGAACAGAGAUACAGAAACAAGAUCAACGACCGCUUCACCGCUUUGCAGAUGCUGGUUCCCACGCUUCGGGUGAUUGCAAAGAAGACGCACAAGCACCGCUCGGGCUCAGUGGGCUCACGGGACGAAGACGAAGAAGACGAAGACGAUAUCUGUUCGCCGCUGCUCGAACACAGUGAAGAUCUCGAAGGAUUGGAGCCUGCCAGAAAACUUAACAAGGGCACGAUUUUGGCCAAGUCGAUCGAGUACAUCAAGUUCCUUGAGCGCAAGAACGAGCGCAUAAAGAUGGAGCACCGUGAGUUGAUCGAACGGGCCCGCAUGAUGGGGCUUCAAAUCGACGAGAGCCUAUUGGACGGCCGUUAA